AGAGAGAGAGGGUCAGGUUUCCAACUACGGUAAAAUCCGAAUCAUCAUUAUCAUCAUCAUCAUCAUCUUCAAUCUUCAUCCAUAAAAUACAAGGAAAUCGGAGACUUUUAGUUAAAAAAGCUGAAUAAUUCAUUCAUGAAUUCACGCAUCCUGCAUUCCCAAACCCUUUUUCCUGGAUUUUCGCUGCGUUAAUCUGUUCUUUAUCGCCUAAGAAGAAUUGGGUUUCUCUCGAUUUCGGUCACGAAUGGUGUGGGGAUUUGGGGGAAGGUAUUACUGGGGAAGAAAGGGAGGAGGAGGAGGAGGAGGAGGAGAGAGGAAAGUUGAAGGGAUUGUGGUCGCGUUCUCAUUUGUCUCCAGCCAGGAGAGCAAUCUUAAGAACUAUGUCGACCUCUACUCCUCCAUCGGUUGGAAUUCUCUCGUCUGCCAUUCCGAUUUUCUUAAUCUAUUUUCCCUUGAAAAGGCUACAUCAUUGGCACUUGAAUUACUUAAUGAGCUUAUUGGGGAGCUUAAAGUGAAGCCAUGCCCAGUUGUGCUUGCAUCUUUUUCUGGUGGUUCCAAAGCAUGCAUGUACAGAUUUCUUCAGAUAAUUGAGGGGAGAUGUGGAGAAUUGCUGAACUUGGAUGAGUAUCGAUUAGUCAGAGACUGUAUUUGUGGUCAUGUUUAUGAUUCAAGUCCUGUCGACUUCACUAGUGAUUUGGGGACCCGGUUUAUUCAAAACCCAUCUGUCCUAUCACGAAUAAUAAUUGGCAUGGCUUCCCGUUUGGAUACACUUUUCCUCAGCAGGAUAGAAUCACAGCGUUCUGAGUAUUGGCAAACUCUAUACUCCUCCGUGAGCUUGAAGGCUCCCUAUCUAAUUUUAUGCUCGGAGAAUGAUGAACUUGCUCCUUGUCAAAUUGUUGUUAAUUUUGCUGGACGACUACAAGAACUUGGUGGGGAUGUCAAAUUGGUGAAAUGGACCAACUCUUCUCACUUAGGUCAUUUCCGUCAUUAUCCAAAUGACUAUGCGGCUGUAAUGACCGAGCUUUUUGGAAAGGCUACGAUAGUUUACUCUCAAAGAAUCAGACAACUAGAGGGUAUGGGCUUUGAUGCUCUACACAAUGAAGUAUCAGGACCAUUCGGAAGUCUAAGAAAAGCCAUAAUAAACGCAAACCAAAGCUUUCGUAGGGUUGCCCUUGAGCUAGAUGACCACUUCUUAACGCCUACUUCUUCUAUGACCUAUCACGACAACAAAGUUGUUGGAUCCCUCCCCGAAGCAAGAAAUGAAGGUGUUGUUCCCGUUUGUAGCCAGCCACAAAUAAAUGCACAUGGAGUACUCGGUCAGAUCCUAUUUGAUGUAUGUGUUCCCGAGAAUGUGGAGGAUUGGGAUAUAAGAUCGUCGCCAUCUUUAAAAAUGGGUUCGUUUGUAUCGUCGCUGAAAAGGCCAAUGAAGUUUAUUCGUCGCUCUAGGAUGUAACUUCUUGUAUUGAGGUAAACAGAAAUCACCGAAAACCUAGAUGCUUGAGCCCGGGAACAAAUGUCAAAAGAAUGAAAAUAUUGCCAAAGAUUUUUUCGUGGAGUGUUUGUUCCUUUAUUCCUCUUUUGAGAAUGUAAAAUGUUGUUUUUUCAUGUGAUUUGGUCGAGAAAUGUAUAUAGAGUGACUUUAUUUGAAAACGUUAAUUCUGCUUAUAAUGUUGGAUUAUAACAAGUUCACAUGUAGUUCAUUUUGUUUAUUGACAA